UGUCCGGUUUUGUACCUGAAACUGCACUCAAGAUGACGUAGUCAAUAACAGCUUAUAAACGUAAACUUGAUUUGUUUACUGUAACAAGGAAUCCCUAUCAGCGCAGCCAAAGUACUUUUAGUAAAACAAUGAAUGAUAUCUAUAACGUAGAUAAUCGCGAUAACGUAUUUUAUAUCUGUAUUUACGUUAUCUCAUGCUCUGCCGUACGACAUAGUCUAAAUUUUACAUACUAUGCGGUUUGAAAACAGCGCAGCAUGUGGUUGUCUACAACGAUUGUUUGAAAUCAAGAAGACUAAAUAGUUGAUAACAGUUUCCGGCAUUCGUCAACGCGAAAGCAUUUCUAACAGCAGAGUGCUUGAAAUAUGAAGCUGGGCUGUUCCUUCUCAGCGAUAUUGUGUUUUCUUUGUUUUGUGGUACAGGUAUCUAUAGCUUCAUAUGAUGCCAGUGUAACGGAAUCACAUGCAUAUGAUGCAGGACACAGUGAAACUUCGGAAUCAAGCAGUGUCGAAAGCGAGGAUCCCACAGAAGAAGACACUUUUGCAGCUCCUCCAAGUACAGUUUCACUUAGACAGAAUGAGAUUAGUGACACUGAAAUGCCAAUCCAAUUAUCAACAACCAUAUUACCUUCUGACGAUACAAAUUAUGUUACACGGUUAUAUUUUAAAGAUGGUACUACAACAGAUUUGGAUUCUACCAUACAAAGUAGUACGGAAGUUAUGGGAAAUACCAUAGAAGCUAUGGGGACUACCCAAGAUAGUGACACGACGGAGCGUACCACCACAGAAAGCUUUACAAAUGGUACCACAGAUACCGUCAGUACUACUGAUCUACCAUUUUGCCCAAUUGAUCUAGAGCCGGAAGUAGUUAGCAUUGACGCUACUAACAUAUCAUUGCGUUGGCUACCGCUUCGAGAUGAACAAGCAACUUACCUCGUCUACCUUCAAGGAAUUGGUCCCGCAUAUGAUGUACCUCCGUAUUGUAUUCCGGCUAAGGAUGAAAGGCAGUAUAAUAUUUCCGAAAAUACCUUCACGUGUAGCCAUACCUUCUCCAGCUAUAAGUACAACAUUUCUGUUACUACCACCACUAGAUGUGGAACGCCAGCAGGAGGAUACGUCACUGAAACUACGUCUCCAAUGGCCCCUGAAGCAGUUGAAAAUUUGAAUGCUCUCAUGGAAGACAAUGGUACAACUACUUUAUCCUGGAGGCUACCGUGCAGUCUAAAUGGCGUUCCUUGGCAUUUCAAACUCAGUAUCCACGGACAUUAUAGCCUAAAUGAUUCCCUAGAGGAAGACCGGUCAAAAAUACUGGUUGUUAACAAAAAUAUGAGUAUGUACAAUAUCUCACUAGAUCUGCGGCUGGCAUUCCAUUACACAACCAAUCUGUCACUAGUUGUUCAAGACGGUACAGAAGGCAUAGAGGGAUCAAUCUCACAAAUUUCCUUUACCACUCCAGAUGAUGUACCAGGAAAACCUAUAUUCGAUAGAACCGACACGAGCGAUAGGUCCAUAACUGUAACAUGGAAAGCACCAACCGAACCUACUGGAGCGAUACAGGGUUACGAACUAACAAUCCUUCCCAAAAGUCCACUUUACCCUAAAUGGCGGGAUUGCUAUUAUGACUAUGAAUCUAGGACUGUAGUUCUAUCUGCUAAUGAUACCAGAUACAUUUUCACGGAAGCCUUCCCAUACUAUGAAUACCAUUUAGUGUUGAGGGCAUAUUCAACGACUGGCUAUGGAGACUAUGUUUAUCUAACAGCAAAUACCAAACCAUCUGCUCCAGAUGAUAUUCAAGACGUCAACGUUACGGUCAUACCACCCACACAAGUAGACUAUAAUGGAAAUGCGAAGAUACACUUUAAGUCUUGUUAUCCAAACGGAAACCUAACUGUACGCUACCUUACAAUAUCUCGCACUUGGCCACACGAUGAUGACAUGAAUCAAACUCACAUCAUUGACGAUGACCCGUACGACCUUAAUUUGCAACCUGGAUAUCACUACAGGUUCAUGAUCACAGUUGAGAAUGAACUCUCCAGCAAAAGUACCACUUGGUACACUUUCGAAGCUUUCUGCGGAAUCCCAGUAGUGUCCAACAGUAUGGUUGUUGUAAGAGAGCGUAGUACUGAAGCAGAAGUGACCUUAAUAAAGGGAUACUUGAACGAAUCUAAUGGCGAAAUAUUGUAUAUUUCAUUAAUCUUGUCCGACGAAAAUGUCACUGGUGGAUACUUUAGCCAAUGGGAUGGAACACAUUGGCCCGCUGUAGAAAAUCCUGGGGUUAGUAUGUACUACCAAAUAACUAACGAUGGAUGGAAUCCCUUUCUAGGUAUGUAAGAAUUAUUCUUCCUGCUCUGUAGCUUGUUUCCACAUUGCAUUUCAGUAAAGUUAGGGAACUAGUAUCAACAAAACUCAUUUAUUUGCCAUGGCAAAGAACAAUUAAAUGAGCUUAAUUCCAGCAAUUCGCAUCGGCACCAAUUGGCUUCUUGAAUAAGACUUACUGCUGGAAAUUAUUUAUCUAUCCGUCCAUCAGGCUCGUGUUUCAUAGUUUCUAUAGUGUGUUGGUUAAUGAUAGAUUUUUUAUAAGUGCUGCUUUAUACUAGCAAUAUGCUAAUAAAUUGCCAGUGUGGAAAGUUCUAGGGACAAGCGAAGCCAGAUUUACAAUCGGAUCGGGAGAUAAUGUGCACAAUAAGCCACUGGUGCCAGGAAAGGAGUACUUUUUGAUCGUGAGACUAUUUACAGCCGAUUUUUACAGAAAUUGUGAAGUCGUACGUUUUAGGACAGUUGCAGGUUAUGGUCUAGCAAGUGGAAUAAUAAUUGGAAUAGUUGUUGGUGUUUCUCUUGCAAUAUCAAUGUUUGCAGUGAUAUAUUUCAUCAUGAAGAAGAAAGUUACAAAUUCGAGUAUAGAUCGUCCCUACACUCGUAUAUUUUCACGAAAAGCUAGAAACCAGGUUAUGAAAUCUUUCAGAGAUGUGUUUGGAAGGCAAUUUGGAACAUUCGUUUCGGCUUCAGAUCGAAGUUUGCCAGGAAUUACUACAAGUACGUCCCACACAAAAAGAGAACCCAAGAAAGAAGAUAUGCAGAAAAGAUUCAUCGAGGAAUGCAAGGCCUUAGAAGAAGAUCCCGACAGACUUACUACUCAGUUUGAGGCUAUUACCAGAAGAGGAAAGGAGAUCGUUGCUGAGCAAACGACAUCGUUCGCUAGAUUAUCUGAAAACUGGAGAAAGAACAGAUAUGUAAACAUUUUGCCAUACGAUGACGCAAGGGUAAAACUGUUGAUAGAUGAGGACGAUGAAAUUGGCUCCGACUACAUAAAUGCCUCGUACAUUAAGGGAUACACAGGGAAACAUGAAUAUAUUGCUACUCAAGGUCCCUUGCCUACAACAUGUCGAGAUUUUUGGAAAAUGGUGUUGCAAGAAAACGUCAACGUAAUAGUUAUGGUUUCACAGUUCAUUGCAAACAAGAAAGAGAAGUGUUUCAAGUAUUUUCCAGAGAAGGGUAAACUAAUGAUUAUUGGUGAAGACAUGGAAGUAGCGUGUACGAUUGAGCUCAAUUUUGGUACAUAUUGUAUUAGAUCAAUACAGGUCAGGAAGGAUAACGUACAGAAAACAGUAACACACAUGCAGUUCCUGGAAUGGCCUGACUUUGGCGUACCGCUUGGUACAGAGCAUAUGUUGCAGUUUUGUUAUCAAGUAAGACAGCGGGUCGACCAAGAAGGGGGGCCUGUCAUUGUACAUUGCAGUGCUGGUGUGGGUAGAACAGGAACUUUCAUCGCCACAGAUAUUCUACUGCAGAAGGCUAACGAUGGAAAACAAAUAGACGUGUUUGAAACGGUGAUGGAGCUCAGGGAGCAGAGGACUCUUAUGGUACAGACCGAGGAGCAGUAUAGAUAUAUCUAUAAGUUGAUACGAGAUCAUCUGGAAAGGCCACCUAAUUCUGAAAUGGUGGAAAACAGUGAGCACAUCUAUGAAAAUAUACCUGUGAUACAAGAUAAAACAAUUGCUGAGAGUCAGUUCUGAUCGUUCUUAGCAUCUCUAGAUAGUAUAGAUUAAUAUAACAAUUUGGGUUUUGUACAAACGACAAUAAAGUAAACAUAGACAAUAAAUUAAUGUAAUGAAUAA